AUGACUGCCAUGGGUAUAUUCGGAAAAGGAUCAUAUUUAGCUGAAACAUGGAAUCGUCUUGAUUGUUUUAUUGUUAUUGCUGGACUUAUUGAAUGGGUAAUACCUGGUGAUAAUUUAAGUUUAUCGGCAAUUCGGACAAUUCGUGUUUUACGACCAUUAAGAGCUAUUAAUCGAGUACCAAGCAUGCGAAUAUUGGUCAUGUUAUUGUUAGAUACUCUACCCAUGUUAGGCAAGUCCUAA